GAUCGCCCCCGCGCGUUAUGCGCAUCCCGUGCGAUCUGCGGGCUCCGCCGCCCUGCCCGCCCUUUCCGAUCCUCUUUACUCCCUUCCCAUCCCUCUCUAAGCGCUGUUGUGCGCGCGCGAGCCGUUGCACGUUCCCUACCGGCCCCGCGCCUGGUCAACCCCCCCACCCCAACCCACCGUUCGCCCCCCUCCUCGCACAAUGCGUGUCCAGUACGCGUCAACCACCUAUCUCUCGCCCCGACACGCACUGCGAACAAAACUCAUGAGAACGUGUGGGAGA